AUGCAAGGGCAAACUUCUUCCGCGGCAAUAGAACCGGGAGCGUUUCCCUUUCUGGAUGCACUUUGUGAAAGAAUCCGCAUCGACCUGCCAUGUCGAUUUUCGGUUGGAGAGGAACUCCUCGGUUUCUCUUAUGGAACCGUGUCUGUAGUCUUCAGUACCGAUGAUAGGCCGACAUACGCGGUUAACGAAGAGCCACAGACCGAGUCGGAGGUUCUGGUCUGUGAUCGAAAGAUGAAAGUUGGAAAAUCUGGUGGAGACGACAGAAUUGGCGCAGAAAUGCUGGAAUAUCUUCUUCCGUCUAUGAUUCGCGAGAUGACGAAGAUCAUCCGUCUAACAGACAUCGACAAAAGGAUAUCUGACCCGUAG